AGCUUUGAGCCUAUUUGCACCCAGCCAAGCUUCUUCAUCGCAACAGCUGCUCCAGUGCGCUAGCCACAUCUCUAAGGUAGCAUGGCUUUCACGGGCAGAUAUGAAGUGGAAAGUGAAGACAACUAUGAUGCCUUUGUGAAGUGUAUUGGUAUCCCCAGUGAUAUCAUUGAAAAGGGAAGGAAUUUCAAGGUUGUCACAGAAGUGGCACAGAAUGAAAAUGACUUCGUCUGGACCCAGAUCUACCCAACAGGCCAGUCCAUGACCAACAAAUUCACCAUUGGCAAGGAAGCAGACAUGGAGACAAUGGGAGGUAAAAAGUUCAAGGCAACUGUUAAAAUGGAAGGUGGGAAAAUAGUUGCUGAUUUCCCUAACUACCAUCAUACUGCAGAGAUUGCUGGAGGAAAACUAGUAGAGAUCUCUACAGCUGGCGGUGUAACCUACAAAAGAAUCAGCAAAAAGCUGGCUUAAGAAGAAUUCAUCUUCCAGUGCACUGAGAAAUGAAUAUCAAGACAAUCAAUAAAUCAGUUUUAGAAACUCCAUCUCUUUCUGUAUCUCUAUUACAAACAAAUGAGGGAACGGUUGUUUCAAAGACAGACAACUUCAAUGUUAAUAUUUUUAUCCUUUGUGUAACUGAGGGUUCCUGGCACACACCCCUAGUCAAAAACAUGAGAUUUAAAUCAAAGCGCUAAUACGUGACUGCUCUGCAGUCUAAUUCUUUCAGGAUUCAUUUUGUGCGUGGCCUAGGUUAGUGGUGUCUAUAACCAUUUGAUAGUUUUCUUAUCUGGCCUCUGACUAGGCAUGAUAGGCAGUACUCUGUUCAAAACAGCUAUCAUGGUAAGAACAGGGGAAAGGGGUUUACCUUUGUGUAUGGCUAAACAGCAGGAAUUUUACAUCAUUGAAAAGCUACAUUUGUGCAUCCGAUAUCAAGCCCUUCAGUAUCAAAGAAGGUAUUUUGGUUAUAUGUGUGGCAGUGAUAAUCUGCUAGCAUUGCUACCAUGGUUACAUUAUUGUUACCCCUCUUUAUCUAAGUGGUUAGCCACUACUUGUGAGGGUUUUUUGGAGGAUGUUUAGAUUCCCUCCCAGAUCUUUUCUACUUGGCUUACACAGAACACCUUGUCCAGUUUUGCUCAGGUGCAUUAUUACCUCUUCUGAUUCCAAGACUGAAGUACACCUUUGUUAGAAAAGAUGCUGAACUUUAAACUGGUGAAACAGGAGUCAGAUCUGAAAGCUGUGCAUGGUCUUCUACUGCUUACAACAAAUUGAUUUUUCUGAUCCACAAGCUUCUGGUUGAAAUUCAGCUUUCCCAAUCAUAUUGUUACACGAUGGCAGGGCAUUGAUAUUUCCUACCCCUCUCACCAAGGAUGCUCCUCCAUAUCCUCACUAUACUCCACCUCCAGACUGCAGGCCUGAUUUUUUGAAAGUAGCUCAGUUUCUGAGCACGACUAUCUGUCAACAAUAGGGACACAAAUCACCAUCACAAUUUCUUAAGGCUGAGGGGGUCAGCCCUCUUGUGUAGGUCCCCUGGAGCAUUCACUCAGACACUCUGCCAGCUGUACAAAGUGUUACUUAAUUUAAUAGAUUGCUGUAUGAAAACUUGUAACACUGCUGUAAACCCCUGUGGAAAGUCCUUCUCCAGCCCAUGAAUAAUUAUUUCA